UAAGCAACUUUAUUAAAUAAAAAUACUGAGAUAAAGAUAGAACUGUUAAAUAGCUUAUUAUUCUUAAAUUUGUUUAAAAGUUACAUUUGUUUCCAAUCAUUAAUUUUUGUAUUAAUUUAUUUUAUUUUUUGUUGUAUUAAAAUCUACUUAACUACCGAUUUCUGCUGUAACUUACGUUUAAAUAUUAAUUUUUAAUUUAUUCGUGAUUAAGAAUUACAUUAAGUAUAUCGCAUAUUUUUGUUAUAUUAAUGGAUAAAACAAUAUUAGGAAAUGUCUUCAUCAAAAGACAGCCGUAAUCAUAUUUAUGAUCGAGAUACCAGUAGUGAUACAGAAGAUUAUCAUGACAAUGACGAUCACAGGCGUCGUGUCUUUAAAUCAAGAUUGAGUUAUGCUAAUUCAUCAAAACCCAAGUCUUGUCUAGUACAGCGUCAUUCAACUGGAAGUCAAUUACCCUUAACCCCAAUUAACAAACAACAAACAUCUUCAGUUAGGAAUAGAAAAGCAAUUUCGAGGUUCUCAUGCUCUGUUAGUUCAAUGAAAAAUUUAAUAAAUCAAAAUACUUCUGGCUCAAAUUCUAGUAAUAUGCAAUCUGCUUCGGGUUCUGGACAUAUGACCAAAAGAAAUAUUAUUACUAAAGAAGAAAGAGUUACGCUUAUUGUAGACAAUACACGUUUUAUUGUGGAUCCAUCAAUAUUUAUUGCACAUCCAAAUACAAUGCUAGGAAGAAUGUUUAGUUCUAAUGAAUAUACCAACAAAAAUGAACGAGGAGAGUAUGUGGUUGCAGAAGGUAUUUCAGCAAAUGUGUUCAGAUGUAUUUUAGAAUAUUAUAAAGGUAAUGUGAUGCGUUGUCCUUCUUCAAUUUCUGUUCAAGAACUACGUGAAGCAUGUGACUAUUUAUUAGUACCAUUUGAUGCCAAAACAGUAAAAUGCCAAAACUUAAGAGGGUUAUUACAUGAAUUAUCAAAUGAAGGAGCUCGAUAUCAAUUUGAAGUGUUUUUAGAAGAAUUAAUCCUUCCUCCAAUGGUGAAUUCAGCUCAGAGAGGAGAUCGUGAAUGUCACAUAGUAGUUUUGUUAGAUGAUGAUUCUGUUGAUUGGGAUGAAGAAUAUCCUCCUCAAAUGGGAGACGAAUAUUCACAAACUGUAAACAGUACAGCUUUAUAUAGGUUUUUCAAAUACAUAGAAAAUCGUGAUGUAGCUAAACAAGUAAUGAAAGAACGUGGACUUAAAAAAAUUAGAUUAGGAAUUGAAGGAUAUCCUACUUAUAAAGAAAAAAUUAAAAAAAGAGCUGGAGGGCGAGCAGAUGUUAUUUACAAUUAUGUGCAAAGACCAUUUAUACAUAUGUCUUGGGAAAAAGAAGAAGCAAAAAGUCGUCAUGUAGAUUUCCAGUGCCUUAAAUCCAAAUCAGUGACUAAUUUGGCUGAAGCAACAGCAGAUCCAGUUUUAGAAUUAGAUGCGAGGGGUAAUCCUAUGGGUGCUGUAGCAUUAGAUCCAGACAUACGUGUUAUGAAUGAUGGUUUUGAUUUCGAUGAUGGCAAUGUUGAGUCACCUCCACCAGUUAAUAUUUUAGAAGCUGAACAUAAUGAUGAAUCUCGUCACAACAAUCAUUAACUUGAUAUUUUAAUAUUUAAAAUAAAAAUUUCGACUAUUUUCGAUGUUCUUUAUA